AUGGCUGCAAAUGUGACACGAAAAGGAACCGAUCUCGACAUUUUGAAGGUUAGCCAGAACGAGCUGAGCAACCGAAUGAGGGCAGCAGAAGCCAAUGGCAGGACUUUGGUCUGGGUUCCUCAUGAAAAGGAUGGAUUUGCAUUGUCUUUCAUACUCAAAGAACCAGAUAACGAAGGAUACGUCGAAGUGGAGUUGCUGGAAUCUCACGAAAGACAACGAGUGAGCCGCGAUGAUUACCAAAAAGUAAAUCCACCAAGAUUCGACAAAUGCGAGGAUAUGUCUAGUAUGUCAUGUCUGAACGAAGCCUCAGUCUUGUACAAUUUGAAGCAACGAUAUUUCUCCAGUCUUAUUUACACAUAUUCUGGUCUCUUCUGUGUCGUAGUUAAUCCUUAUAAACGACUACCAAUCUAUACUGAGUCAAUUGCAGAACAGUACAAGGCAAGAUUGAUAAUUUUAUCGCUUAUAAUUUCCCCUUCUCAGUAUCUAGUAUGGUAG